AUGAAAGCUGAUAGUUUUCACUCAUUGUUUUCAGAUAAGUCUGCUAAAUACAAUUAAUUCAUAAGUUCUUAGCUAUUUGUUGGGUAUAAAGUUCGAGGCAAAGACUAAUAAAAAAAACAAUACAUAAUCUCAAGUCCAUCAGAUGAUUAAAAAAUGUCUAAUAACUUUACAGCUUCUUAAAGUUAUGUGAAUGCAAUGAAAGCCUUGUAAGAUAAGAUCAAAUAACUUGAAUUGGAGAAUUAAAGUUUAUAGAAUUUAGUAGUAUCAAUUACAUUAUUAAUUAGUCAUCUAAUGAUAGCAAGAGUAACCUUAAAUCUAAUGAGAGAAAACUAAAGGAAUCUAGUGUGCAUAUGAAAUCUAGUGAAAACUUAUAAAUUAAAGAACUUGAGUAAAAAUUUAUGCAACAGGAAUUUAUAUCUAAAAUGAGAAUAGAGGAUUAUGAAUGCAAAAUUACACAAUUAUAAUAGAAUCUUUUGAGUAUUACAUAAUAAGCUGAUCAAAAAUAUAGAGAAUAUAUGGAAGAAAUCUAAAAUUUGUAAUUUUAUUUCUAUAUUAAAAAAGAACUUAGUAGUUGAGAAUUUAAGAGGAAAAUAACAAUAAUUAUCGUAACAAGGUUAACUCAUAAAACCAAAUUAUAUAAUAAGAAAAAUAAGUAAAUAUGGUAAAACAUUAUAGAAUUAUUCAAACAUCUAAUUCCUAUUGGAAUAAGAGUAAAAUGAGAAAAGAUUUUUAUAUUAAAAUAAUGAAAAAUUAUAAUAUGAAUUGUCUAAUAUGAAAGAGAAAUUAUUUGAAGCUGAUACUUACAUAGAAUAGUAUAUAAAUUGUUAUAAUGAUAGUAAAUUUAGAAGUAAUUUAUUAUAUUAUUUUAGAGUUGGAAGAAGAUAAUAAUUAAUUAAAAUUAUAAUUAGAUCAUUUGACAACAGAAAAUUAAUAACUUAAUGAAUCAAUUUAAAAUCUAAAAUCUAAUUUAAAUUUAAAAACAAAAGAACUUGAAGAAUCGGAAUUUAGAAGAGUUAAAAAAUCUUCAGAAUCAAAUAUUAGAAUAGAGUAAUUAAGAUAAUAAUUAAUUACUCUAUCUACAAAAUCUAAUCUAACUACAAUAAGUCCAAGAGUUACAAAAAAAAAGAAUAUUAAAUAAGUAUCAUCUAAAGAAAUGUCAGUAAAACCAUCAAAAAUUAGAGAUUUACGUUAAAUUAAAAGCAAGAGUCUAAAUAAAUUAAUGGACCCUUAAUUUUUAACUCAAUCAUAAUCAAUGCAAAAAAAUAAUUUUAUGCAUUAAAAAUAAUAAGGAUAUGAUUCAUAAAGUAGUGGUGUUAGCAGAUUAAUUGUUAAAACAUUAGAAGAAAAUUAUCCAUCAUCCUAAAAGAAUGAAAUAUGUAAUAAUGCAGUUAUCAUUGGUGAUGAAAUCACUUAUACUGAUCAAUAAUCUGGUAGAAAGAAUUAGAAAUAUAUUGAAGCUGUCUAAAGAAUUAGAUUUUUAGAUGAACUAUUGACAGCCCUUAAUUUAUAAUAUUAAGAUAUAGAAGAAUAAAUUUAAUAAUAAACAGAUAUGACUAUUAAAAAAGAAAAAAGAUAGAAGUUAUUAGAGAUAAUAGAUUCAAUAUCAGAUGUUAAUAAAGAAUUAAAUGAUCUUGUAACUAUAAGGAAACUUGCUUCACAAUAAUGA